AUGGGGCGAGAUCGAGAUCCGAGCGUGAAAAGGGGCGGAAAGCGGGAUUUCAGAACCCCUAUUGCGGACCCUCUAAGAUCUGAAGCAGCUCAGAACGCCACAGCUGGGAUGAUUUCCCAGAUUAGGAAACUUGAAGACAUUACACCGGGGAGCGUGAGUGUCAUUUUGGAAGAACUCCACAGGAGUGACCUGUCCAGUGAAGAGGUUGUGGAAGAACAUAGUGAGUUUGGCAAGUGGAGUUUAGGUGAAAAUGAACCUUAUGAGACUACUGAUGGUACUCAACAUUUUAAUGAAGCUAGCAUGGACAUCAGCUCUGAGGAAGAUGAGAGGACACUGACAAUGAUUGAUCCUCUUUAUGGUGACAGUUUUGUCAGUAGCCAAUCCAAUGAGGAUGAAUGUGUAGCUGGUGAUGAGCCUGGUCCACAGCCAGAGGAGCAGGUGGUUGAAGGCUCAAAGUCAGUAAAGAAAAACAAAGAGAAAACCUUGAAAAAGCUAGAAGAAACAUUUUCUCAGUUGACUGAUGUGAAAGACCUCAAGGCAUACUUUGCUUUACACUCGCGCAUGUGGGUGAUUGUUUCCAUCAAUAAGUUGGUCGAACUAUCCACAGACACAUGUGCUUUCAUUAGUGGAGGGAAAGUUUGUGCAUGGAGAAGUUCUCUGUGUAACACAAAAUGUGACUUCCAUUGGAUCACGAGUUGAGAUCACAAGGAAAUGUAGAAAUGGGCACAGCCAAAAAUGGAUUUCAUCAGAGGUCCUGGGAGCAAUUUAAGCACAACUCAGAUAUUUAUCUUAAUGAUAAUUUGUUGGCUGCAGCGAUAAUAAUUUCUGGUAACAAUUAUAGCAAAUUUGCUCUACUGUGCAAGGCCCAAGGACUGAGCAUCAUUAGCAGCAAUAUAUUCACGCGUUUUCAGACGCGUAGUGCUGCUCCUGUUAUUAAUGAUGUUUGGAACAAAAUGAAUGCCCUGAUAGUCUAUGUACUUAAGCAGUAUGAAGAGAUAUGUUUGUGCGGAGAUGGCAGAAAUGAUUCACCUGGUCAUUCUGCAAGGUAUUGUGUCUAUACCUUGAUGGAACAUGCCACUAAAGUUGUCGUUGACAUGGCUGUUGUUGACAAGAGAGAAACUGGUGGCAUAGACAA